UUGUUAGAUUCUAACCAAACCCAACCAAGACAGAAGGUUAUCAAUUUGAUUGGUUUUGCUCUUACAUUUCGUGAAUCGUUCUCCCAAAAACAAUUCCAUACCCUUUACCAUCACAAAUUACUUCGUAUAAGACGACAAUUCUUCCCUUCUCCUACUACUCACUAACAACUUCUACUCCCAAAUCUUAUGAAUUAAAAAGAAAAACCCUUAAUUUUCCCCAAUUUUCCCCAAUUUUGUUGAACCCAAUUUCCAAAAUCAAGAAUGUCACAAGGGUAUUCAAUCGAACUUUACUUCGAUCCAGCCCUAGAAAACCAAAUUCUCAAAGCUUGGAAUGUUCUUGCUCGUCGCCAAAUCAGUACCCAGCUCAUUGAAAUCGAAUCUCGACCCCACAUCACCCUAUUUUCAUCGCCAUUUUUAGAUCCAUCAAAGCUUGAACCCUUAAUCAAAUCUUUCGCUGCUAAACAAGAGCCUUUACACCUGAAUUUCUCCUCAAUUGGGUCUCUCCCUAAUGAGGGCAAUCUCCUUUUUCUCUCUCCUACCCCUACAUUGUCCCUUCUCCAAUUCCAUUCUCAGCUUUGUGAUCUGCUGAAGAAGGAAGGGGUUGAUAUUGGGGAUAAUUAUCGAGUCGAUUCGUGGGUGCCCGUUUGCCCGGUUGCGCAGGAGGUGCCGAAGAAUCGAAUGGCGGAAGCGUUUAGUGUGUUGAGGGAUUUGAAGUUGCCGGUUAGUGGGUAUGCUAUGGAUAUUGGAUUGGUCGAGUUUUCGCCGGUGCGGGAGUUUUUCUCCUUCAUACUUGGUAACACUCUAGAUGGGUAAAAUGUUUGAUUUUACUAGUACUAUCAAUUCUAGAUUUCUAAUUGUGUUUUGUAUGAAUGUUUUAGUCUUUUAUAAAAGAUAUAUAUAUAUAUCUGGAAAUCAAUUGGAUUGGUGCUUGUAGAAUACUGGUUGUUGAUUAAUAUCAAUUGUUGGUGUUCAGUUCA